UUGUGGGACUGGGUGGUCGGGCCUUGUCUUUAUUAUUAUGUGCCAUGUUGUCCCCUCCAGCUGUGGUUCUGCACCCCUACAGCCUACCCGUCUACCCGCCGGCACCCCAGUGUUACUCCGGGCUGGUUCAGGGUAGCCCAGAUGCCGCCGUACCACCUGCUGAUGCCAUGACCCAGACUUUCCCAGCCCAGUACCCCCCGCCCCCUCCCCAAGCUCGGCUGCCUCCACAGUACCACCUCCACGGCACCCCUUCGGAGUAUCCAUCGCCAACAGCACCGGAUCAUGGCCUGCGCAUCUUCCCUGAGCAAGGACCGGCUGCCCCGGAACCGUUGCCUCCACCCCCAGCGCCAGAAGAAGCCCCCGUGCCUGAGCUCUCCCCAGAGGCGGAGGAUGCCGAGAGCGGAGAGAACAAAUCCCAACCCAAACGCCUCCACGUCUCCAAUAUCCCCUUCCGUUUCCGGGACCCGGAUCUGCGGCAGAUGUUUGGGCAAUUUGGGAAAAUCCUGGAUGUUGAGAUCAUCUUCAAUGAACGUGGCUCUAAGGGCUUCGGCUUCGUCACGUUUGAAAACAGCCAGGAUGCUGACCAGGCACGGGAGAAGCUAAACAGCAGCAUCGUGGAAGGGAGGAAAAUUGAGGUCAACAAUGCCACAGCCCGUUUAGUCACCAAGAAACCCCCGGCGACCCCUGUGGUGAACGGGUGGAAGAUUAAUCCUGUUGUGAGUGCUGUUUAUGCCCCUGACCUGUACACAGUGGCGAGUAUCCCAUACCCUAUGAUGGCCCCAGCUGCCCUGGCCUAUCGUGGGGCUCUCCGGGGACGUGGUCGAGCUGCUAUCUACAAUCCCAUUCGAGCGGCUCCUGCCCCAUCACCAGUUCCAGCCUAUGGCAGCGUGCUGUAUCCAGAUGGUCUCUACAGUUCCGAUCUCUACGGUUACCCGGCAGCUUACCGAGUGGCCCAGACACCCACAGCUGCUGCAGCGACGGCGGCAGCAGCCUAUAGCGACGGGUACGGACGGGUCUACACUACUGCUGAUCCUUAUCAUCACGCGGUGACCCCUGCCUAUGGAGUCAGUGCUAUGGCCAGUUUGUACCGUGGAGGAUGCAACCGCUUUACUCCGUACUGAGGGACCAAGCUACUGCACUGAGUGACUGAGAGGAGAUCGCGAACUGACAAUCCACGUGGCAGGACCCUGCACUGCGAUCCUUCCGUGUGAAAAAGGCAGGCAGAUAUUUGGGGCACUCUUCUCAUCUAGUUGCACAGAGACUCCCAGAAUGCCAGCUCUGGACUUUUCUUCUAGCCUCACCAUGACCUUCAUCGUUACUCUGAAUUCUGAUUUGUCCUACGUGUUACUGCAGGGCAGAGAUGUUGUGUGGCAAACCCAUAUUCAAACGCAGGAUAGUUUGGGGAUGUGUGCUCACAACUGCGAGGUUGCAGCUCUUGUGGUCAGCAAAGCCCACAAGGUAAAAGGACAUCAGGAGACACUCAAGAUGAUCAAGGGUUGCCAGACCCCCGAUGCAAUAGGAGACCUCCUAGUGACAACCUUUUUUGCUGGCUGGUGCACUGAGCAGCAUUUGGAGAAAAAAAAUUAUGACAUCAUAUGUUGUCUCUUCCAAGGGAACACCAAAGUGAGUCAUGUUGCUCUAGGAAUUGCCAGAAACUCCAUGGUAUUACCAUAGUUUCUGGCUAUUCUGGAAGUGACAUGAUGGAAGUGACAUCAAGACACACAGGGCUGGUGUCUUCAUGUCCUUACCCUAAGCUCCCACUAAAAGCAGGCACGGACUAGCAAUCCUACCUGUGACCUGGUGUACGCAGGGAGGUUUCUCUUCCUAUUUGUUUACGCACCCAGGUCAAUUUCAACCAGAAUCUGUUCGGCCUUCUGAAAAAAUAAAAAGCUGAAAAAAGGUAGGGUUCCCUAAUGGAAAUUCUCCACACCUGCGCAGAGUUGCAGUUCUUGGGAGAAUUUGCCAAGCGGGGAAGGCAUGACAAUUAGUCCAGUUUAAGUUUUCAUUUGUAGCAGACUUGGGUGGCCACGGUGUUUCUGGCUGGCACAUGUUUUUUUUUUUUUUAAAUCAGCAAAGGCAUCCCAGAAUAAGCCCAGUUUGGAUAUAAUGAAGGUUUGCUUGGUGUAAUUUUUUUUAAUUAGCACAAAAUCAGAGGUUGAGCUCUUUGGGAUUUUGGUGCUUCCAGAGGAACAUCUGUGCUGCAGUUUGAUUGGUCUGGAGCUUCUCCCUGAGAAUCUUGGGAACUGUAGUUCAAAGAUGCUAAGAAUUCUAUCCAAGACCUCUCCUCUGUUCUCUUCUCUCCAGACUAGGGUUCCUAAAGAUGUCCGGAAAGAGGGAAUGACUGUUCGACCAUUUGACAUCUGUGGUCCGGAGCGGUCAUUUGCAGAUGCCCCCUUCCUUCUCUCAUUUUCUGUCCUUUCCCUUCUUGCGUGAUCUUUUUUCCCCCUUUAUGCUGCGUGCCUUCCACUUUUAAUCAUUGUGUGUUUUCCCCAUUUCAAAUCUGCUUUGGGUAUCAGCUCAGGAUAAGCAGCUGAUGGCAGCCUCUUAUUUUUCUAUGAAAACACUCAGCAUAUUUUUUAAAAAAUUAUUAUUACUAUUUGUAAAGGCUAGGGAAGACUAUAAAUGCCUGUAUAGUCUGCUUCAAUGGUUCGCCACCACUGGACUCUAUUUCAUCCCUUUUUAAAAAUCCCAUAGAGAAAAACAAUCUCCAAAACAAUUGAGAUGGUUCAAACUGAGAUGGUGCAAGUUUUUGACGCAGAGAUGCUGCGUUUGGGUAGCUUCCCUGUGCUCGCUGUGUUGUACAAUUGCCCGUGCAAGAGGUUUGGGCGUCUUUGCGCAAAGCAGGCGCGCUCCUCAAUGUGCACUGGUGCGCAUACAGAAACGUGCAGUCUUCUGGAUAGCGGUUAGCCCUGUAAUGGAGCAUUUUCACAACGUGUUAUAAAAGUUUGGAAUACAAUCUCAGCUCCGCUGGCUUCCGUGAUGCUCUCCCAUGUCAGCUGACAUAAGAACAUAAGAACAUAAGAAAGAGCCAGCUGGAUCAGACCAGAGUCCAUCUAGUCCAGCACUCUGCUACUCGCAGUGGCCCACCAGGUGCCUUUGGGAGCUCACGUGCAGGAUGUGGAAGCAAUGGCCGCCUGCUGCUGCUGCUGCUGCUCCUGAGCACCUGGUCUGCUAAGGCAUUUGCAAUCUGAGAUCAAGGGACUUAAACAGUGUUUUUUACCUGUCUGCACUCUGCCCUUAAAGCCUGGAACAGGUUUCUUUUUUGUUUGUUUGUUUGUUUUAAUGCUGACAGUUUAUAACUUGGGGUGGUGGUAAUUUUGUUUUUAACUAUGAGCAUGGCCUCCCGUUUCUGUGACCUGCACAGUAGUCACUGUAAACUCCUCGGAUAGUCAUAUUUUGCCGUGUUUUAUCCACCGCCAUGCAGACAGUCCCUAUGAAGGAAAUCGGCAUAGACUGUGUGCGACUUAGCCCAGGUCUGCCUCCUGUGGCUUUUAAAUAGCAAUAAAGGUAAAUAAAUGAAUAAAGUGUUCGACCUCCCGGCAACAGCCUUCCCGUUCAUCCUACUGACCCCAAAGCAGAAGGCAUUCUCUAUUUCUAGCAUUCUGUUUCUAUUCUGUCUGGGCUGGAACUUGUGGCUGCUCCUGCCCGAGAUCGCAGCACAGUAUCUCAGGGAAAACCCCUUCUGAACCGCUGCUUGUUCCUCUCUCCACUGUUCCCUUCCUGUUGUAAUAAAAUCCUGGUUCUGGCUAAUA